CAUAUAGGGAGUUAAAUCAAAGGCACAGGAUGCAUAAUGUUUAUUCAGGUAGAAGUGGAGCGAUGGAGAAUCCCUCGUCAGAUAAAGUGAUCAUCAACAACCCAGCAGACAUCACAGUCAUUGUUGGAUAUUUCAUGGUGGUUAUCGGUGUGGGCAUUUGGGCCAUGUUUCGGACCAAUCGUGGGACAGUUGGAGGAUAUUUCCUGGCAGGGCGCACUAUGACCUGGUGGCCGGUUGGUGCAUCUCUGUUUGCCAGCAACAUUGGUAGUGGUCACUUUGUGGGCUUGGCGGGCACCGGGGCAGCCAGCGGCAUCGCUGUGGGAGGGUUCGAGUGGAAUGCUCUGUUCAUCGUGCUGCUGCUGGGCUGGUUGUUUGUACCCGUCUACCUCACCGCUGGGGUGAUCACCAUGCCGCAGUACCUGAAGAAGAGGUUCGGAGGGACCAGGAUCAGCCUCUACCUCUCCGUUAUCUCUCUGUUCCUUUACAUUUUCACCAAGAUCUCGGUGGACAUGUUUUCAGGAGCUGUGUUUAUCCAGCAGGCGUUAGGGUGGAACAUCUAUGUGGCUGUGAUCACCCUGCUGUUAAUAACAGCCUUGUACACUGUUACAGGUGGCCUGGCUGCUCUGAUGUACACCGACACAGUUCAGACCUUUGUCAUCAUAGUCGGGGCCUUGGUCCUCACCGGCUUCUCUUUUGCUGAAGUGGGAGGCUACAGCGCUCUGCUGGCCAAAUACAGCGCUGCUAUGCCAAGUAAUUUCUCCUCCAUGGAUCCCCAGCGCUACAACAUCUCACCUCACUGCUACACGCCCAGACAGGACGCCUUCAGCCUGCUGAGGGACCCCACCACAGGGGACCUGCCCUGGCCUGGAGUGCUGUUUGGGAUCGCUAUAGUGGGAGGCUGGUACUGGUGUACCGACCAGGUGAUAGUCCAGCGGUGCCUUGCAGCUCGUAGUCUGACCCACGUGAAAGCCGGCUGCAUCAUGUGCGGCUACCUCAAACUGCUGCCGAUGUUCCUCAUGGUGUUCCCCGGCAUGAUCAGCAGGGUCCUUUUCCCAGAUGAGGUCGGCUGUGUCGUCCCAGAGGUGUGUAAGAGUGUGUGUGGGACCGAGGUGGGCUGCUCCAACAUUGCUUAUCCCAAACUGGUGGUGUCAGUCAUGCCAAAUGGCUUGCGAGGUCUGAUGCUGGCUGUGAUGUUGGCCGCUCUCAUGUCAUCUUUGGCCUCCAUCUUUAACAGCAGCAGCACUCUGUUCACCAUGGACAUCUGGACUCGCAUCAGACCGCAGGCCGCCGAGCGCGAGCUCCUUAUUGUGGGCAGAGUCUGGGUUCUGUGCAUCGUCGCCGUCAGUAUCUGUUGGAUCCCAGUGGUGCGGGCGGCUCAGAGCGGUCAGCUUUUUGAUUACAUCCAGUCGAUCUCCAGCUAUCUGGCUCCCCCGAUCGCCUCAGUCUUCCUCCUGGCAGUGUUUGUGAAGAGGGUCAAUGAAAAGGGUGCGUUUUGGGGCCUGAUCGGCGGCCUGGUGAUGGGUCUGUGCCGGAUGCUGCCUGAGUUCUGGUUCGGUUCUGGCAGCUGUAUUUUCCCCUCUAACUGCCCUUUCCUGGUGUGUGGGAUCCACUACCUCCACUUUGCCAUCAUACUUUUCUUCUGUACGUCAGUGCUGGUGCUGGUGGUCAGUUACUGCACCGAGCCCAUCGAGGAUCAGCAUCUCCAUCGCCUGGUGUUCAGCCUGCGUCACUCCAAAGAGGAGAGGAAGGAUUUGGACUGGGAGCUAGAAGAGAAAGGGAGAAGAGCCCGGAGGGAGGCUGAGGAGAGGAUGAGGGAGACCAGUGCUGCAGUGGCUGAAGAGGAAGAAAAGUCUGGUAUCUGUCUCCUGGUUGGUCGGUUCUGUGGCGGGGGUAACGGGGGCGGCGGCGGUUCCCAGGAGCAAGACACGUCUGAAGCAUCAGAGAAGCUGCCUGACAUCAGUGAGAACCCGGUAUGGAAGUACACUGUGGAUGCUAAUGCUCUCAUAAUGAUGGCUGUAGCAGUUUUCAUGUGGGGUUACUACGCUUAACAGUCCUAUUAACCCUUUGA